GUCGUCCUCGCCUGAACUUCACAUAGAAAGACACAAAUAGGAGCUGCGGCAUCACGGACGAAUCAGAACGGACCAAUGAAGGGUUGCAGCGAAAACAACAUGUAACAUUCGCCACUGGAUAUUGAAGAGUGUGGAAUUUAUUGUAGUGCCGUCACCGAAUCCAUUGCUGCAGGUACCUUGGUUCAGGAUAUCUUUUUCAAAAGUAGACCUUUUGUUAAACAAGAUCAACGUGAAGUCACUGGAUGGUCACUCGCUCAUAUAAGGUGGCACCAUUGUGAAGCGCAAGUGAGGUUUGCUGAGCUACAACAACCUGAUACCAAUGAGUUUCACUGCACCAGGGGUGUUUCCCGAAGAAUCCCAAGAGAUGAGAGAGCACGGCAGUUUGGGGAUGCAGGUCCUGGAUGCCCCCAUGGCACCUGGGGUCCUUGGGCUGGAAAUGGCCUCUCCGAACGGGGCGCGCACGUUCACAGACGAGGCCGUGUCCAUCCUGACGUCCAGCAGCCUCCUGGCGCGUUCCUUGCUGGGGCGCAACACGGCGCUCAAGCGCAAGGAGCAGGAGGAGACGGAGAGCCAGGCGGCGGCCCGCCGCAAGCGGGAGUUCAUCCCGCAGGACAAGAAGGACGACAGCUACUGGGACAAGCGCAAGAAGAACAACGAGGCGGCCAAGCGCUCGCGCGAGAAGCGCCGCGUCAACGACAUCGUGCUGGAGGGCCGCGUGCUCGCCCUGCUCGAGGAGAACGCCCGGCUGCGCGCCGAGCUGCUCGCGCUCAAGUUCCGCUUCGGCCUCGUCAAGGACCCGUCCAACGCGCCCAUCCUGCCCCUCACCGCUGCCCAGUCGCCCCCCGCCGCCCAGCACUGCUACCUGCCCUCGCCCCACCCGUCUCAGCCCUCGGGCCUGCAGCUCGGGCCCCGGAGCAUGGGCGGCGCCGGGGGCGCCGUCACCGGCAGGGGCGACAUCGCCAUGGGCGACGCGGGCAGCAUGUCGUCCGAGGACUCGGGCUUCUCCACGCCGGGCGGCUCCAGCGUGGGCAGCCCCGUGUUCUUCGACGAGCGCCUCGCCGGGGAGCGCGACAUCAAGCUGUCCCCCCGGUCCGGCGCCGAGGAGCAGGCCUGCGAGGCCCUCCACCACCACCAGCAGCACCACCACCAGCACCAGCAGCACCACCACCUCCACCACCACUCCGCCACCACCGCUGGCGCCAGUGAGGGCAGCCUGUUGCACCACGCGGUCGGCCCCGCGGGCUCCCCCAUGGCGCCGCACCUGUCCGGGGAGCUCUCCCAGGUCACGGGGAAGCUGGAGGGCGGCGAGAGCAUGAAGUGCCUCCCCCACAAGCUGCGCUUCAAGUCUCCCGGCAGCGUGGAGAGCAGCGGCGGCGGAGGAGGCUGCGCCGACACGCCCACGGGAGACAGCCGCGGCAGUCCGCACCCGACCGCCACGACCAGGGGCUCCUUGCAGCCGCUCACGGACAGAGGGGACGGCGCCGCGGCAGGGUUCUGGGCCCAGGACGGAGAGCACGCAGCCCCCAGCGCUGGCGGCGGUGAACAGGGGGCGAGUGAUCCCCCGAGCCAGGCCGAGACCCACAUGCUCAAGUCCCAGCUGUCGUCCCUCUGUGAGGAGGUGGCCCAGCUAAAGAGGCUCUUCUCCGCACAGCUGGUGUCCAAAACCAACUAAUGCGUACAACACCCUCUUACCAACACAGCCCGCCCCCCCAGACCCCAACUCAGAGACACCUUUGGCCAACAUCUCACAUCACCUCACAUCAAAAUACAGACCUGGCCUUCCUCAUCUCCACAACAUGCACACAGGGACUGGGAGAAGAGGAGAAGAAACAGGAGGAAGAAGUGGACAUUAAGAAGAGAGCAAUAAUGGACUGGACAUGUCACAACACUACCUCUGCUGAAUCUGAGUUAAGAAGGACGGGAAACAAAAACCGAGAGAUCACAAAAUUAUCAACUGCCUAACACACUCCUCACUGUACAAGUUCUUAUGUGAAAUAUUUUGUGUAACACUGUUGUUUCUCACUGCCCUAGUCACUAACUUGUGUCACACUCAACUGACUGUGUAUGUACUGAAUACUGUACUGUAUGUCCCAGUGCAAAUGGCAACGCAAUGCCAGCUUACGUACGUUGUUCACUCUCGCCUCCAACACUGUGAAAAGACUCUGGCUCCUUGUAGUACUUGAUGUUUAGUGCAGAGGCAAAGUGACACGCAUCAAUAUGCUUCGUGAGAAGUUUGAACUGGAACACAAAUCUGUCAAAAGAAGAAUGCCUCUCACUCGGUACACCACUCCCGGUUCCCGUUACAGGAAAACUGAAUAUCAAUCAAAGAGAUGUACUGGUUCUUAAUGCCAAUCUUAAUUAGAAACAUAUGAGCGACAUGCUGGUGUUCCAGGGCCAUCUUGAAGACAAAACAGGGGAACUAUUUGAACUGAAAAUUAAAGUAGUCGCUCUACUUUUUUAAAAGACAGGGUCACUCUAUCGGACCCUCCAUUAAAAAGCACAGCUUUGAAGCUAAGAGGAAUCCUGUUGGAGGCGGUGUAGCAGGGUGUCUAAGAUCACCUCAGACACUGUGUGUGAGUGUGUGUCAGGAAAUCUGGAAAUGACCUGAGUUUACAGCACACACACUGUAAACUAUACAUUUGAUGAUGGAAAUUGUCAUGUCUUGUGUCUUGUAAGCUUAUGUAGUGAGUUUUGUACAUGUGAAUAAAUAUAUAUUAAAAUACUCUUGACCAUGG